UUACAGAGAUAAUAAUCCUGCAGCACUUUCAGACUUUCUGCAAUCUGUGCACUGUUUAAUUCCAUAUUAUCCUUUAUCUAUCUCUUUAUCUCUCUUCUGCAAAGUGCAAACCCUACUUACUACUUUCACAGCUCCUACCUCCUAUUCCUCUCCCUUCCCAUACUCUCUGCUCCUAACUUUUUCUCUCUUCUCCCCUUUCUUCCAUUCCUCCUUGUCUCUCGCAACGCGAAAUUCAUGGACGUGGACAUACUGAAAACUUCCACGAGUGACAACAUCAGCAUGGACAUGAUGAUGACGAUGAUGCAAAUGGAAAAGUUCCCUGAAUUUUGUGAACCUUUUUAUAACAACAACAACAACACUAGUACUGCUCCUCUCUACCCAGAAAACGAGCUCUUAAUAAACUCCACCACCACUCUACCCGUGUUCUCCAACGUUAUUAACAACCCAAACGUUAUAACUCCACCACCAUCUUCCUCUAAUUUUAUUCAACAACAACCCAUGACACCCCAUCUUGAACCCAACUUGGAGAAGAGGAAUUCUGUGGCGGCUAUGAGGGAGAUGAUUUUCCGCGUAGCAGUGAUGCAACCUAUUCAUAUAGACCCUGAAUCCAUCAAGCCACCGAAGAGAAGGAACGUGAAGAUUUCAAAAGAUCCGCAGAGUGUGGCGGCGAGGCACAGAAGAGAAAGGAUAAGCGAGAGAAUAAGGAUACUUCAGAGAUUAGUUCCUGGUGGGACCAAAAUGGACACGGCUUCUAUGUUGGAUGAAGCCAUUCACUACGUGAAGUUCUUGAAGAAGCAAGUGCAGACGCUGGAACAAGCAGGGGCAAGUAGACCCUUGAAUGUUGUUGGCUUCCCUACUACUGCGUCCAACGCCAAUAAUAAUAAUAGUUAUUCUGGUUUUGUGAAGAGUUGUCAGCCUUAUCCAAUGCUGGGUUCUGCAGCUUCUAAACAAUUGCUUAGUUGAGAAGUGUUUGUUUGAUACAUGCAUGAAAAAUGAAAAUCAAUGAAUUAUAUAUGUGGUUUUUAUUUUAUUUUUUAUCUUCAUAGUAUUGUGAUCGAUCGUGCAUGGAUUAUAAAGACAGUGUUUGUCAGUGUAA